GGUGUGUAGCUCCGGACGACGUGUUGUCGUCGAAAGUUCAGAAAGAUUGGUUUCCUACUAGUCCAAGCGGCUGGGCGAUUCCGGGUUUCAUUUUCAUUUGAUUCCGUCCUUAGUCUCCGGUGUGUUGUGAAAGUGCGUGAGAAAUUGUGUCGUAGACUCAGCGUGCGAAGUACUGAAAACAAUCAAGCAGGUUAAAGGUUCCGCCAUGAUUCCACUGCUCUGCUUGGCGCUUGUGCUGAGCUCCCUGUACCCGUCAACUGCCCUGCCAAAUGGAGCUCCAACCUCCGUGUGUCAUAAUAUGCUUCCGUUUCACGGCGGUGGUAUUCCUCCCCUUACGACGAAAACUCCGUUUCUGAUCACGCCACAAUCGUCGGUAAUCGGUAGUGGACAAUUGCUGAAAAUUGACAUCGAAUCCUUCCCGGCGAACAUCGUAUUCAAGGGGUACAUGAUACAGGCGCGAGCGGCCGAUCCCCCGCAUAAUAUAGUCGGACGCUUCGAAAACUCGGAUGCCGCUGCCAUCAAGCUGAUCGAUUGCGAAGCGGCGCAUGAUACGGCCACACAUACAUCGACUAGCCCGAAGCAGGAGCUAACACUAGAAUGGACCGCUCCGGACAAUUUUGUUGGAGAUGUGAUCUUCAAUGCAACUAUCGCGCAGGAUUACGACAAGUUUUGGGUCGGUCUCCCUUCGGAAAGAGUGCGUGUGGUGGCCAGUUCUUUAUCGGCAACACCAGGACAGACCACUAGGCAGCCAACGACAACUACCACAGUGCCACCGUAUCGUCCGGCACAAACAUCCGCUCCGAUGGCUAUCGAUUCCGUCUACGAGGGUUGCGGGGAGUCCAAGGUGUGUUUUGGAUUCCCGGAAGGUUGCGUCGACAGCUACAACUGUCGGGCGGUCACGACAGUCUCCGUUCUUGGCAGCAGCUAUGUUUUUGAAAUGAAGGCAGGAUACAAUAGUCCAGCCUACGUCGCUGUCGGGCUAUCCGAUGACGCCAAGAUGGGAGAUGAUUCGGUCAUCGAGUGUGUUCCUGAGCAGGGCGUAGUAAACGCAUACGCUUCUUGGACCGCAACUGGUCCUUACAGCGCCACGCGCACGGGAGUGCCACAAAACAUCUUCCAAAUGUUAGAGAAAUCCUACAAUGAUGGAACGAUCUACUGUAAAGUGGAACGUGAUGCCGUCACCACAGUCAAGGGACGCCAGUUCGAUCUCGUGAACGAAAAGUUCCAUCUUAUGCUAGCUGCAGGAGCUUCGGUAGAAUCAACCAACGUGAACUAUCAUAGUAUCGGUCGACACGUCUCCGGAAGUCCUCUGUCGCUGGCAGAAGUGGGACGGGUACAGGGAUCCUCGAAACUACUGCUGCGCCUUCACGGAGCCUUCAUGAUUACAGCCUGGAUCGGCACGGCUUCGCUCGGCAUAUUAAUCGCUCGCUAUUUCCGCCAGACCUGGGUUGGCAGCCAAUUGUGCGGAAAAGACCAGUGGUUCGCCUGGCAUCGAUUCUUGAUGGUGCUGACCUUUAUCCUCACAGCGGCCGGAAUCGUAGUAAUUUUCGUCGAAAUUGGCGGCUGGUCGCAAGUGCGCAAUCCCCAUGCCAUACUGGGUAUUGUGACGUCCGUGCUUUGCUUCCUCCAGCCAAUUGGAGCGUUCUUCCGACCACAUCCGGGCUCGAGCAAGCGACCAAUCUUCAACUGGGUACACUGGCUGGGCGGUAACUUGGCGCAUGUGAUCGCGAUCGUAGCCAUUUUCUUCGCCGUCCAGUUGCAGAAGGCUGAACUACCUGAGUGGAUGGAUUUCAUUCUCGUUGCCUUCGUGGCGUUCCACGUGUUUAUGCAUUUACUUUUGUCCGUUUUUUCGUGGAUACAGAUUGGUGGCUGCAUUAGUGAGCGAAGAAGCGGACAACGCGUAACUUCCUUCCCAAUGGCUGACAUGACCCCGUCACGCAAUUCCAUGAGUUCCAGCGAACGGAAGCAGGAUGCUGCGUUUUCUGGCUUCCGGAAAUCGAUGUUGUUCCUUUACAUUCUGAUCGUGUUGGGAUUGGUCAUUGCGUUGGUGGUGAUCGUCGUUCUGGCACCGAUUGAAGCGGCAUACAACAACAUCAAAGAGCAGAUCAUGAAUUAACGUAUCCUGUG